UUGUAAAUCGUGGAGUUGUUUAGUCGGCUUGUUAGUGCAUCCAUAGCUACCUCAGCACGUCCACACAAGGCAGCGGGAGGCGAGGCGGAGUUGGCGGCGCUCAGAUGCAUCACGAUGUCAGCGGUGGCUCCCCUGCAGUAAGCAGACAAAGGUUAUGCUGCCCAAAAGCUGUCUGAGUCCAAGUGAGAAAGAAAAGGGCUAAAGCCACAUCUCUCCCUUACCCCGUUAGCUCUCCAGACAGAGCCACAGCACUUGCAUCCAUCCCACAGAGAAGAGGAGCCAUGAGCAACCCCAACACACCCAGCAAUGUCACAGACACCAUGGAAUCAGUCAUCCACAACCCGGAGGCGCCGUCAGCCUCAACCCUGCGAGGGGCGCAGCGGGCGGAUGAGGAGGAUGAAGGGGACCUGAACAAAGCCCUGGGAGUCCAGAGGUUUCAGCAGAUCAUCAGCCCUGCCCCCAGUAUCCCUGACGAGCAGCACCGCACCUACAACGAGGAGGACUUUGAGUACCACCGUCACUCCUCACACCACAUCCACCAUCCCCUGUCCAAGCUGCACUUCGAAGGGAGGAGGAGGAAGAGCGGCAAGAAGAAAAAGAAGGAAAGCGACUGCAAGGACAAUUCAGGCCCCACCAGCAGCGCCACUAUUGAGGAAGGAGAGGAUGAGGAAGAUAAUGAGGAAGAGGGUGGAGAGAGCCACACCCAUCUCUCUGAGACAUAUUGUGACACUGUCAAAGAAGAUGUGCAGUUUUUUCUGUCAGAUGAAGAUCACCUGGCCACACCUACCACAGACAUCCCCUGCCCUGCCCGAGGGCUGGAGGUUGUUCCCCAGUCUGCCGUGAGCACCGACCCUGAAGAUGCCACCUCCACGGAAAAGCCCUGUCCGGCCUCGUCCAGCAGUGACCCAUCCGACCCCACCCCUCUUAUCCGCGUGGCCAGCCGCAGCUACGACCUGCAGGAGCGCCGGUGCACCGGCAACAUGACUGGAGCCGAGCAGGCCAAGUACGAGCGCAUCCCCACGGACGAGAGCGAGGCGCAGACACUGGCCUCUGCCGACCUGGAUGGGAUCAAAAGCCAUCGUUUUGAGGAUGUCCCUGGGGUACGCAGACACUUGGUCAGAAAGAGCACCAAAGGCCAAGUGGUGCAUGUCGGCAAGGACCACAAGGAGCCCAGCACACGCAGCCAAAAAAAGGACCGGACCACACAUGAGGUGUUUGUGGAGCUGAACGAGCUUAUCAUGGAUAAGAACCAGGAGAUGCAGUGGCGGGAGACGGCCCGUUGGAUCAAGUUUGAGGAGGAUGUGGAGGAGGAGACGGACCGCUGGGGCAAACCCCACGUGGCUUCGCUCUCCUUCCGCAGCCUGCUGGAGCUCCGCAAGACCAUCUCCCAUGGGGCGGUGUUGUUGGACCUGGACCAGAAGACCUUGCCUGGCAUCGCCCACCAGGUGGUAGAGCAGAUGAUCAUCUCAGACCAGAUCAAGGCUGAGGACCGCACAAACGUGCUCCGAGCCCUGCUGCUCAAACACAGUCACCCAAGCGAUGAGAAGGAGCACAGCCACAACCCCUUCCCCAGGAACAUCUCGGCAGCCAGCCUGGGCAAUCUGCUGCCCCAGCAACACAGCUCCAACCACAUCCACCAUCCAGAGCCCUCUGUCACAGACCCCCUCAUGGGCUCGGCCAGCACAGGGGAGCAGGAGACACGCAUCGACAUGGAGAAGAACGACCUGCAGCAGAAGGAGUCUACUCCAAAUAUCGGCAUACACAGGUCGAAGUCCAAGCAUGAGCUCAAGCUGCUGGAGAAGAUUCCAGAGAAUGCUGAGGCCACUGUUGUCCUUGUGGGCAGUGUGGACUUCCUGGAGCAGCCCACCAUGGCCUUUGUGCGGCUGCAGGAGGCGGAGGAGCUAGACUCUGUCCUGGAGGUCCCAGUGCCAGUCAGGUUCAUCUUCGUCCUGCUGGGACCCCCCAGCACCAACAUGGACUAUCACCAAAUCGGACGCUCCAUCUCCACACUCAUGUCUGACAAGCACUUCCAUGAGUUGGCCUAUCUGGCGGACAACCGCCAGGACCUGCUCAACGCCAUCAACGGCUUCCUGGACUGCAGCAUCGUGCUGCCCCCCUCCGAGAUGGGCGGCGAGGAGCUGCUACGCUCCGUGGCACGCUUCCAGAAGGAGAUACUUCGCAAGCGGGAGGAGCAAGGAGCCCUGCUGGCCAAGGAGCCCAAGAGCCAGAAAGAAAAAGAGGCCCUCCUCUCGCCCGGGAAGCUGGAAGAYGACCCCCUGCAGCGUACUGGACGCCCCUUCGGAGGCUUAAUCCGAGACGUGAAGCGCCGCUACCCGAAGUACGUGAGUGACUUCAAGGACGCGCUGAACGCCCAGUGCGCUGCGGCCGUCAUCUUCAUCUACUUCGCUGCCCUCUCCCCCGCCAUAACCUUCGGAGGCCUCCUGGGUGAGAAGACUGAGGGUCUGAUCGGUGUGUCUGAGCUGAUCGUGGCCACAGCGGUGCAGGGUGUUCUCUUCUGCCUCCUGGGGGCCCAGCCGCUCCUGGUGGUGGGCUUCUCCGGACCACUGCUCGUCUUUGAAGAGGCCUUCUACUCGUUCUGUAAGGGGAACGGGAUAGAGUACCUGACGGGCCGGGUGUGGAUCGGCUUCUGGCUCAUCGUCAUCGUGGUGACGACAGUGGCCUUGGAAGGUAGCUUCCUGGUCCGCUUUGUCUCACGCUUCACCCAGGAGAUCUUCUCCUUCCUCAUCUCGCUCAUCUUCAUCUUUGAGACCUUCUCCAAGAUAGGCAAGAUUUUCAUGGAGCACCCACUGCAGCGCUGUUACCUUGACAACAGCUCGGCGGAGAACGCCACGAUGGAGAAUAGCACCCUGGAGCUAUUGCUUGGCAACGGCACUAUUUCAGUGGUGUCGGUGAAGGUCCUAGGGGAACCCAACACAGCACUGCUCUCCCUGGUACUCAUGUCUGGAACCUUCUUCAUUGCAUUCUACCUGCGCAAGUUCAAAAACAGUGCCUUCUUCCCUGGCAAGCUCCGUAGGAUUAUUGGAGAUUUCGGGGUCCCCAUAGCCAUCCUCAUUAUGGUCCUAGUGGACUACAGUAUACGUGACACUUACACACAGAAACUGAGUGUGCCCAGUGGGUUCUCUGUGACCAGUCCUGAGAAGCGUGGCUGGGUGAUCAACCCCCUAGGCAUGUACACCCCGUUCCCCAUCUGGAUGAUGUUUGGCAGUGUGCUGCCCGCCCUGCUGGUCUUCAUCCUCAUCUUCAUGGAGACACAGAUCACCACUCUGAUAGUGAGUAAAAAGGAGCGGAUGCUGGUGAAGGGUUCUGGCUUCCACCUGGACCUGCUGGUGAUCGUAGUGCUGGGCGGCACCUCUGCCCUGUUCGGCCUGCCCUGGAUGGCCGCCGCCACUGUGCGCUCCGUAACGCACGCCAACGCCCUCACCGUAAUGAGUAAGGCGGUCGCCCCCGGCGACAAGCCCCGCAUCCAGGAGGUCAAGGAGCAGCGGGUUACAGGGUUGCUGGUGGCCAUCUUAGUAGGCCUUUCCAUAGUAAUCGGAGACCUGCUGCGUCAGAUCCCCAUCGCUGUGCUGUUUGGCAUCUUCCUCUACAUGGGCGUGAUGUCACUCAAUGGAAUCCAGUUCACCGAGCGCCUGAUGCUACUGCUGAUGCCCCCCAAGUACCACCCCGACCACACCUACGUCCGCAAGGUGAAAACGCUGCGGAUGCACCUGUACACGCUGAUCCAGCUGGUGUGUCUGGCGACGCUGUGGGCCGUCAUGUCAACCGUGGCCUCUCUGGCUUUCCCUUUCGUCCUCAUCCUCACCGUCCCCGUCAAGAUGUUCCUGUUGUCGCGCAUCUUCACCGCCCGCGAAAUGCAGUGUCUGGAUGCUGAUGACGCAGAGCCCAUCUUUGACGAGAGAGAGGUCCAUGAUGAAUACUCAGAGAUGCACAUGCCUGUGUGACCCACACCAUCAUAUACCUACCAACCACUGUAUUCUUCCCUCAGUGUCCACACCAUUCUGCCAAUCAAUCGACCAGCCAAUGAAAUGCCUGCCCAAAGGAUCCACCAGCAAAGACCCU